AUGUGGGAACAUGAAAAACAUAAAUGGUACAUAGCUGGAUUGAGAGAUGAAUACAGAGCCAAGGUUGAAAUGUACUUCCCGACUGACUUUGACGAAGCAAAAAAAUUGGCUCUGAAGAUAGAGACAUAUAGUAAAGACAAUGAAUAUGAUACUCAAAGAGCAACUAAAGUAUUGAUAGAAGAGUCUAAUGUGGGAAAUAAGUUUGACGUAGAUGGUCUAACUGCGGCAAUGAAAGGUUUGAAAAUAUGUAGAGUUGAGAAGAGCCCUGAUAAUGAUAUUCAAGAAAUAAAGAAUGCUGUAAAAGAGCUCACGUUGGUGGUGAAAGAUCUAGCUAUCAAGAAUACCCUACAAUGGCAAAAUAAUCGAAGCACGGCACCUUCACGUUGCUUUACAUGCCGGAAGGAUGGACAUAUAUCACGUGAUUGCCCAGAUAAGACCCCAAGAAAUCGGCUUGCAUACAAACCUGAAGAUUGGUGGGAUAUUACUAAUGAUGCACUAGAUAAUGAUGAAGAAUACUUAAUAGUUGAAUUAGUUGAAGAAAAGCCUGACUUAGCUGAUAUAAGGAAUUUGGGUAAAAGAAAAAAGGACGAGUCAGUCAUAGAAAAACCUAAUAAAAGAAGAAGACCAUGUAAAACAAUAGAGGUACAUCCUGUGGAAACAUCUCCUACUCGUAAGGAAGAUACUGAAAAUGAGGUCCAGACCUCGAAAAAGCAUAAUGAACAAAUGGAAUCUCAAUUCAGUCAAAAUAAGCCAUAUGAUCUGCGAACUCACGAAAUUAAAAGUCGAUCGAAAAAGAAAGGCAAUAUAUUUCAGAAUGGAACUGAUGAGUGUUUUGUGGAUGAGUUUAUUAUGCGUGUCGGCGAAUUCGACAAUAGUGUUACAGAUUUGAGGUGGAUUCAAAGAUAUUUAACAAAUUUCAAAUGGGACAGAGAGAUAAAAACUGCUGAUUUACCUUGA